CGCGCCCCGCCGCGCUGGCCGCCCGCCCCGGCCUCCGCCUGGGGGAUGAGGUGGGAGGCGCUAGGAGCCACUUAGCUACUGCCCGGCGCCCGAUGCGGCACUUGCUCGCUGCCCCCGCCACCGAAGCGCCCGCCGGGCACAAUGCAGCACUGAGGCGGCGGCGGCUGCGGCUGCGGCAGCGGCAGCGGCGCGGGCUGGGAAGGGGCGGCCGGGAGCCGGAGCCCAAGCCCGAGCCCGAGCCCGAGCCCGGGGCACCAUGCGUGCAGCGGCGGCCGCGUCCUUCUGGAUGCUCUGCGUCUUGGGGACCUGGCCCCUGGCGCGCUGCGGUCAGGCAGGAGACGCCUCACUGAGGGAACUGGAGAGGGGGGACGAAAACCGCUUCCUGGAGCGCCAGAGCAUCGUGCCACUGCGCCUCAUCUACCGCUCGGGCGGCGAGGACGAAACUCAGCACGACCAGCUCAACACGCGGGUGCGGGGCGACCCUGGCGGCCGGCAGCUGACUCAUGUGGACAAGGCGAGCUUCCAGGUGGAUGCCUUCGGCACGGCGUUCGUUCUUGAUGUCCGGCUGAACCAUGAGUUGCUGUCCUCUGGCUAUGUGGAGAGACACAUUGAACAUGGAGGCAAGGUUGUGGAAAACAAAGGAGGAGAGCACUGCUACUACCAGGGCCAGAUCCGAGGAAACCCUGCCUCAUUUGUUGCCCUGUCAACAUGCCAUGGACUCCAUGGGAUGUUCUAUGAUGGGAACCACACAUAUCUCAUUGAGCCAGAAGAAAAUGAGACCUCCCAGGAGGAGUCUCGUUUUCACUCGGUCUACAAAUCCAGACUGUUUGAAUUUCCCUUGGAUGACCUUCCAUCUGAAUUUCAGCAAGUAAAUAUCACUCCCCCAAAAUUUAUUUUGAAGCCAAGACUAAAGCGGAGUAAACGACAGCUUCUUCGAUUUCCUCGUAACGUAGAGGAGGAAACCAAAUAUAUUGAAUUAAUGAUUGUGAAUGAUCAUCUCAUGUUUAAAAAGCAUCGCCUUUCGGUUGUUCAUACAAACACCUAUGCCAAGUCUGUGGUGAACAUGGCGGAUAUGAUCUAUAAAGACCAACUUAAGACUAGGAUAGUAUUGGUUGCCAUGGAGACCUGGGCUGCUGACAACAAGUUUGCCAUAUCUGAAAACCCACUGGUCACCCUUCGUGAAUUUAUGAAAUACAGGAGGGAUUUUAUCAAGGAGAAGAGUGAUGCCGUUCAUCUUUUCUCGGGCAGUCAAUUUGAGAGUAGCCGGAGCGGGGCGGCUUAUAUUGGUGGGAUUUGCUCGCUGCUGAGAGGAGGAGGCGUGAAUGAAUUUGGAAAAACCGAUUUAAUGGCAGUUACGCUUGCUCAGUCAUUAGCCCACAAUAUUGGUAUAAUCUCAGACAAGAGGAAGUUAGCGAGUGGUGAGUGUAAAUGUGAGGACACGUGGUCCGGGUGCAUCAUGGGAGACACCGGCUACUAUCUCCCUAAAAAGUUCACUCAGUGCAAUGUGGAGGAGUAUCAUGACUUCCUGAAUAGUGGUGGAGGUGCCUGCCUGUUCAACAAGCCUUCCAAGCUUCUUGAUCCUCCUGAGUGUGGGAAUGGCUUCAUUGAAACUGGAGAGGAGUGUGAUUGUGGCACCACUGCUGAAUGUGCCCUUGAAGGAGCAGAGUGUUGUAAGAAAUGCACCUUGACCCAGGACUCUCAAUGCAGUGAUGGCCUCUGUUGUAAAAAGUGCAAGUUUCAGCCCUUGGGAACUGUGUGUCGAGAAGCAGUGAAUGACUGUGAUAUUCGUGAAAUAUGUUCAGGAAAUUCAAGCCAGUGUGCUCCCAAUGUGCAUAAAAUGGAUGGAUAUUCCUGUGAUGGUACUCAGGGAAUUUGCUUUGGAGGAAGGUGUAAAACCAGAGAUAGACAAUGCAAAUACGUCUGGGGACAAAAGGUGACAGCAUCCGACAGGUAUUGCUACGAGAAACUGAAUAUCGAGGGGACCGAGAAGGGUAACUGCGGGAAAGACAAAGACACGUGGAUACAGUGCAACAAACGGGAUGUGCUUUGUGGUUACCUUUUAUGUACAAAUAUUGGCAAUAUCCCAAGGCUUGGAGAGCUUGACGGUGAAAUCACAUCUACAUUAGUUAUGCAGCAAGGAAGGACAUUAAACUGCAGUGGGGGGCAUGUUAAGCUUGAAGAAGACGUGGACCUUGGCUAUGUGGAAGAUGGGACGCCCUGUGGCCCAGAGAUGAUGUGCUUGGAACACAGGUGUCUUCCUGUGGCUUCCUUCAACUUCAGCACUUGCUCAAGCAGUAAAGCAGGCACUGUUUGUUCUGGAAAUGGAGUUUGCAGCAAUGAGCUCAAGUGCGUGUGCAACAGGCACUGGACGGGUGCUGACUGUAGCACUCACUUUCCUCACAAUGAUGAUGCAGAGACCGGCAUCACCCUGUCUGGCAAUGGUGUUGCUGGCACUAAUAUCAUAAUAGGAAUAAUUGCUGGCACCAUUUUAGUGCUGGCCCUCAUAUUAGGAAUAACUGCCUGGGGUUAUAAAAACUAUCGAGAACAGAGACAGUUACCCCAGGGAGAUUAUGUAAAAAAGCCUGGAGAUGGCGACUCUUUUUAUAGCGACAUUCCUCCUGGAGUCAGCACAAACUCAGCAUCUAGUUCUAAGAAGAGGUCUGCUUUUUUGUCGCAUUUUCAGAUCUCCACCUGUUCCAUCACACAUUAUUCCAUUAGUCAGAACAUUUCAUUAUUUUGCAGCAGGUCAAAUGGGCUCUCUCAUUCCUGGAGCGAAAGGAUUCCGGACACAAAACAUAUCUCAGACAUCUGUGAAAAUGGGAGACCUCGAAGUAACUCCUGGCAAGGUAACGUGGGAGGCAACAAAAAGAAAAUCAGAGGAAAAAGAUUUAGACCUCGAUCUAAUUCAACUGAGAGGGAGCCCCAAGCACCUGAGCCUGGGCACUCCCUCGCCCAGACAAUCCCAUCCCAAGGCAUAAGCCCAGGGGGCUCUGACAGCCCCCAGACAGGGAGUCUGGAUCACAGGACCCUGUCUCCUGCCAAGUCUCCUUCUUCAUCAACUGGGUCUAUUGCCUCCAGCAGAAAAUACCCAUACCCGAUGCCUCCACUUCCUGAUGAGGAGAAGACAGUGAACCGACAGAGUGCCAGGCUAUGGGAGACAUCCAUUUAAGAACACUGUUUACAUGCGACACAUCGAAACUGUUUACUUUUAUAGACACCCUGCCACCCACAGUCACUGCAAGACUUAUCUGCUCUUCUGACGACCGAAGACCCUCUGAGACCCCAGAGGAGAGGAAGCCACGGGUCAUACCUGGAUUGCUGUUCUCUUUCUGUCAUUGGCUUAAGGUUUAACCAAAUGGUGGAAAGAACUACUGGAGUGUUACACUACAGCAUGGGACUGUUUAUGGUCUGGUUUCGGUAUGCUCAUGGAUAAUCCGCAUGACAGAUAUGUGUAGAAUAUCAAUAAAAUUAACUCACAUGACCCAGAUUAGCAGGUUUCCCGGAGGGACAGAAGUGGAUUCAGAACUGGGCAUUCUGAAACACAUCCUCAUUGCAAACAGCAAUGCCACAUGCAUGAAGCUUCUGUUUAUUGUUUUCCAUAUGCAAGGAAACAACAUCCUAUAAUAGAAACUAGCAUGCUGGGCCAAGGCAUAUAGGAUUUCUCUGCAGGACUGCCAGGCUGUAAAGCUUCGAGAGGCCAAUAUCCCAUGUGCUAUCUUUAAACUUGUAUUUUUAUUUUUAUUUUUAUUUUUUACUUUUCAUAUUUAUAUUAGCAUACAAGGACAACUGUACAUAUGUAAACAUUUUUAAAACUUAAAAGGUAACUGUUACACAUAAGUGUAUUUUGCCAAAUGCCUAAAAACAGUCAGUCACAAUUCUGUCAUUGUCCUCCAUCCUACAGUCUUCAGAGUGUAAGUGGAUGAUGCGCUGCAGUGGUCAGUGCUGUAAAAGGAGCUCUCCAUAACUGGUGUUUGUCUAAAACGGGUGAUUUCCCUUUAGAGUGUGUACAGAGGAGGUGUUACUGAGUGAGGGACCAGACUGCUCAAACCUCUGGCCUCUGCAUCGUGCUGAUGGUGGACUCCAGAUGGGCAGUAGCCAUGUAGCUUCAGGCCACCCUGGAGCUGACAGGCUCUCUGGGAAUCUGCCAACGCGUGUCCUCCACAUCCGAGACACAUGGUGCCUGCCACAGUUGCUGUCCCCAGGACCAGGGCAUAUCAGCUACUCUCACUCCAGAAAAUGUCUUGCCGAGGUUGACCAGAUGCACCAAAGACAUGGACCACAGUGUGCGUAGCUCCCACCCAGGCAAUGCCUGGUCUGAGGUCUGGGUCCCUUGACAAAAUCCUUUCAGCUAUUAUCUCUGAGGGGAAUGACCUGUGUUCACAACUUUAACACAUUUUCGUCACUGGAAUGUAAGUCCCAGUGGUCAUUCUGGCUGAGUUUGAACAAGGUGGCCAAUGGAAGCCUCAACAGGGCACACAAGAUUAAAUAAAGCCUAUGGCUACGUGGAUGCAGUAACUGCAGAGGUAACCAUUUUCCUACCGAGGAAAAGAGUUUUGAGCCCUUUACAUUUUGAUCCGCAAAUAAAUUAGUGCUCUAUGUGAAAUCUUGGAUCUCACUUAAAAUGAAAAAUUAACAGCUGUUUUAAUGCAAUUUUAUCAUUCCAAAAGAAAGCUACUCUAGUGAGAUCCAGAAUCAAUAGGGUCAGUUGUGUGGCCUGCUGUGAAAUACAUUUCUGAUUUCCCCUUUUCCUUGGUGUUUCAUGUGAGGGAUGGAGUCAUCAGACAAAAACUCGGAAAUCUACUCUACAUUUGAUUUUGUCCAGAAGUGUCCAGGGACACAGUUUGUUUUAUCUCCGUGAGAAUUGUCUUAGAUGCCCAGACUGAAGGCGGCGGUAUACUCAGUUCGUGUCUCUUGCAAUGGUCCACUUCCUUGGAAACAACCGGAAGGUGUUAGGGAGCCAAUUCAAUCACACAGAAUUAUACAGUGAAAAAACAGCAUGACAGGAAAGGAUAUAGCUUUCUGAUGGCUUAGUAAAACGGUCUCAGACAAAGGCAUGGGUGUUAAACAAUGUCUCCACCAGCUUAAGGAAAGGACAGAAGGGCAGACUGGUGGCAGGUGAAAAGAUGUAGAAAAUGAAGUGACUUUUGAACAAGAUCACUUUAAGUGUGCACUGAAUGUUUGCUGGUAUUGAGUGUAUAAAAGGCUAAUAUAAUAUAAGGUUUAUUUUGACUACGAAGAAGUUUAUAGCUUUGAAGGGAAGGUGCCUCCUGUAAAUGUACUUUGUAGUUAUAGUUAUGUACGUAAGCCCUAGCUUGAAAGAAUUCACACAUGGCUAGCUAGUGAGCUCAUUAUCUGUCUACCUACCAGUCUUUCCUCACCUUCUCAAUUAUUUUUACCCGGAGUCAUUGUAUUGAAAAUCAUUAUCACGUGCCUUUUGGGAGAAUCGGUUGCUCUGGUUUGUAAUCAUCUUCAUAUGAAACUGGAUGAAAAGGUUUUGCUUCACAUGCAGAGUGAUUUUAGAAAAAUAAUAGGUUUAAUGUUAUAGUCUGGGUAUCUAUCUCUCAUGUUUCAGCAUUCUUUGAAUUGUUUUUGGAAUUAACAAACUUUUCAUCUUGAUGGAUAGCUUCAAGAAGUAUGUAUCGGAGGAUUUAAAAUUGGUGUUGUAGAAUCAUCUUUGUUUGAUUUCAUUAUUUCAGGUAGACAGAAUAGACUCAUGGAAUCAAGUCCAAGCACACUGGUUAUACCUUUUUUUAAAUGUCUAUUUUGAAGAGGAACUUUGAAGCUCCAUAGUAAUUUGACUCAUGCAACUAAUAUUCAUACUUCCCAGUCUGCUGUGGGAUCAUUAUUAUACAGAGAAGGGCAGUAAUGUCUUCACUCGGUGCCAUUUCUCUCUCGGAUAAUGGCAUCAGUGGGGCUGCAGAUAGCCCAGAUGUGUGCGGUGUUCCACUCAGCAGGUCAUUUCCAUUCCCACGAGGAGUAGCGUUCAGUCUUCCCAUAUGUGACCAGGGAGGCCUGCAGUAACAGAACCCUUAAGGAAUGGACUGGCCAGGCUUACUCUCCCCAGCCUCUUUCCUUAGAUGGGAAAUCCUCCUCCAGAGCCAGCAAGCUAGAAAAUACCUGCCAGUCGCGUGCAGUCUGCAGAAAGGGGGAGAUGAGCGCCGCUUAGUUGGUGCAGCAUGAAGAUUCUCAGUGUUCUGCAGGGGCUGGAUUUGAAGAACAAAGACCGAAUGCCCCAGCGGCUUACUUAGAUGCUAACUGAGGAGUUGCCCAUCUUUAGAGUUACUCUACAAAAGCAUUGCCUGGGACAGAAAACAGGGCUUGAGAUGCCUUCUUUGCGGGUAGAAGGGGGCGCUUACUUUCAUGAUGCGGUUUCUUUUCCUUCUUGUUUCAUCACAGGGAUUUAAAGUAGUGUUUGCACAGGUCAGUCCAGUGUCGGCUUAUAGAUGAAAGAUUGAUGGCAUGUGUAAAUAAACCACCCUGAAGAUAAAAUUGUUCUCCACCCUCCCGGGGGUGGGAGGUAGGGCCGCUCUGCAUGCCAGGACAGUUCCACGUGCCUUUCUGCUGUUGCAUAUCUGCAUGACUUCAUCCUGUCCAUUUGCUCUAGACCUUCUGUAGCUCCUUUACCUGUUGCCAUUUUCAGAUUUUGUUCUUUUUAUUGUUGUUGUUGUUAGCUUUGAGCCAUGGAGAGUGUGAUAUUUCUACUCGCUUCUUUUAGGAUUUCAGAGCCCAGUUGGUUCAUUCCUUCAUUUUACUCUGUCAGUUUUCUAUUGUCAUACUGGUUUACAGUACUUUAGAUAUACCCUUGUAUUUCAGUAUAGUAAGUCCUUAUCUAAAGGUAAGAUUAUUUCUAUCUUACUUAAAUGUAAAGGAAAAGAAGGCUGUUUGGCAGGUUGUAGUACAUGAAGAGGGGAACGGAGUUUGGAACUGAUGGGAAGGAGAAGCAAGACACCUGUCCACACAGCCACACGGGGCACCACUGGCUGCUGCUGCUGGAUGCCACGCAGGGAGCAUUCUCUAAAGGUCUGGCCAGUGGCAAGCUGGCUUGAGCACUAAGACAAUUGGACUCCCGUCAGCAGCACAUUUUUCACUAUUUAUGUUCCUAAUUGUCUAUUUUUUUUAAAACUUUUUUCUUCUAUAACUGCCUCCUGCUUUCCCCCUGAAAUAUAAAGCCAAGAUGAAUUUUUCAUUCUCAUUCAGUAGCUUUGUAUAAAAAGGUGACAUUUCUGUGGAAGAGGGCUUAAUUAAGGACUUGAAUACUUAUUUUUCUCCUGAUAAGACAACUCUGAUUUCAGAGGCAGGGUCUUUUUUUUUCCUCUGGGCGCCAGAGAGCUAGGGAUCGGGGUAAACAGCUUCUCCUUUGAUGUACUGUAAAGAAUUCAGUUGACAUUUGUGAGAAUUGGCUGAGGUGGCAGCCCAUCUGGCUGUGUGUGAGCAGCAUGUUGCUCAAGUGUCCUGGCUGGUCUCGGUUGGCGCUUGCUUAUAGCAAUAUGCUCUGUGGGCCAGGCACUUCCAGUUCUAAGAGGUUUCCUACCGCUCCUGUAGGCACAAAACAAAAUUGCCCCAGACUUGGAGAGCAGAAGGUAGUAUUUCCAUUCCUGUUUUAGUUAUGGUUUGGGCAGUCCUUCACCAUGGGCCUCCUAGAGUCAGUAAGCAGAAAAUCAAAACGUAAAGACCAUCGUCAGGUGUGCCUCUGCCCUUCAUAUCCUUGGCCUUAGAUCUUAACGGAUUUGAUGGCUAUGUUUAAAACCUUCCUGCUUCCCCAGCAUCUGCAGUGCUCUUCUUCUCGAUUAGAAACAUCCCUUAUCACACAGGCCAGGGCCUUUUUUGUCUUAAAAUAAAAAUUGGAAAGACCAUAGGCGUAGGGUGGGAGAGGUUAUCUUUCAUUUCCUUUUGACGUGCUGGUUUGAUUGUGCACCUUGCAAAGUCAUGAUGGGUCUCAGGGUAUAAAUCUCAGGAAGGGAAUAAGCGGCCGAGAGUUUUGAGAGAUCCUGGGCCAGUUAGUCCCAGCAUACGAGCACAGUAGACAUCCACAUGAAGCACACAGAGGAGCUCAAGACAGUCAUGGGUAUGGAGGGGAGACCUGGCGCCAGGGCAGAGCUACGUGCUUUGCAGCUCUCUGCAACGUUACCUUUUGAAGUAGUUUACUGUCCAGUGCUGUGUCCCAUGCAUUGUUCAUAGACCUCAUCAUACCGGGAGGGUCUGCAGAAGCAGCCGGCGUGUUGAACGCAGGCAGCUCCUGGAAUCAAAUCCAAGUAAAAUGUACGUUAUUCUGUCUCAUUUUACGAAAGGGCAUCCCGAGAGAUGAAGCGACCUUGUCAGCGUACACAAGGGCAUCAGUUUCUGCAUUUGUGAACAAAGGCUGGUCUCCCCGAAAUGGAUGAAGGUGCACGUAUAUGCUCUCUGCAUUCAACUUAUGACAUUUCAGUACAUGAUUUGUUUUGAUGGUUGAGUUUUAAAAUAUUGCAAAUGUCCCAAAUCUUUAAAUAUAGCGGUGCUAAGUUUUAUCAGAUAACACAGCACAGAAAGUGCUGAAACGAAUUCAGACACUUAGGAGUAACACAAGGGUUCCUGGUAAAUUACACCUGUGUAUCACUGCCUGAUUUGAAAACCCCACUUUUCCUUUCUAAUCCAGCACAAUAUCAAACUGUGAUUCUCUAACUCUAUGACUCGCCUUUUUAAUGGCUACAGAUAACCCAACACCUUUUUUUUUUAUUAUUAUUAUUAAUAGAAAACUUUUUUUUCUUUAACACUAACUGCAAAGUGCUUAGCAAAACAUUCCUUCUGGAUAACAGAGCAUUCUUCUUCUCCCAUCUCUAACUUGCUGGGAGAUUUGCCCCUCCAGACUAGCAUUUCCAAAAGACAGUUUCCAGAAACCAAAGCAGUCCAUUACGUCUCUGCCAGUGUUUCCCACGUUCACGGCCUCCGGAGGGCGAGGCCCACCUGCAGAUGACAGCAGCCACCCCCCACGGGGACGUGUUAAUAGGAUCAGUGUGGUUCACUUUGGGUAACCCGGUACUCGUGUGUAUAUACAUAGAUUUGCAUCAUUCAAACCUCCCCUCUGGUACUCCGCACGCAGGUUCUUAGGCUAUUUCAAAACUCACUGGGUUUAGGUAAAACACCAACAGAAAUGGAAUGGUGAUUGCUUUCCUGAGCAAGCGUGAUUUGUUUUAUGGCCGUUCAAGUUAUAAAGUUGUUCUCAUAUUGUAGGUAAAUCUUGCUGUUUUUAAAAGGUCACUGUAACUCGAGAUUUAAAUUUCUGGCACAAUUUUAUUAGUGUUCACUUCUGAAGCUAAUAAGACUACAGAGUUUUCUAUGUUACUCUCAUUGUAACAUCGAUAAAAGUGACUUUCAAUAAAAGAUUUAUGUUAUUUUG